AUGCAGAGUUUCGAGAAGACAUUUCAACAGGCGGGUCUUCGGGAGUAUCUCGCCAACCCGUCUCUCCUGCAGACCAUUUCACCACUUUACGAUUCCAAUUUAGCACGCUUAAUUGUCCUUCAUGCCGUUAGUUCCAUGGUCAAAGAUCAUCUCCAAUCAAGAGGUAUUUUGUUUCCAAGGAUUUCAGAUACACCUGGAGCAUUCAUCCUUGCGGAUGAGAGCUCCCAAAGCCGGGUAGCUCAGCUCCUGAACAGCAUCCGCAUACUCCACGACGACGGCCAGCCAGGUGAUCAUCACAGCAGCCACUUAACAGCCGACUUACUCUCCAUGCAUUGUCUGACCCCUUUUGAGCAAAUCGAAAUAAUCGCUGGCCGCGAAGGACCCGAAGAAGCCGAAGUUGUAUUGCCACUUUCGGAACGAUGGUGCCAAAGCAGUCAGGCACGGAAGGCCGUAUGGUACGCCAGCCAGUUUAUUCGGUGUCUACACCAUCUUAAUUCCCAAAGCUUCACAGAGUUCUUUGCGGUCGGAGCUUACCAAGCUAGUCUGUGCCUAUGUAUAUAUGGGACUAUGGCCCAAAUGCCACCUUCGAGCAACCUCUCUAGUGGACCAAGGACAGGAGGUAAUUUCCAAAUUGAUGGACCAGACUCUGCUGUGAUACAGAGAUGGAUGAUUUUGGGGUCUGGAACCCCCGUGUUGGGAAGCGUGACCUCAGCCUCCACGUUCUAUGGUGGUAUGCCGCUGGGUGCCACCAGGUCUAUUCUUCUUCGAGUUCGUGACCUCCUGUAUGUCAGGGCGUCACAGAAAAACCUGUUACCACUGGUUACUGGUAUAUGUGAUCUUCUUUGUGCCUUGAGCAUUACAAAGCAGAUAGAGCCCCGGUGCCUCUAUUGA